AUGUCUGCAGCAAACCGUGGUCGCCUGGCGGCUGGCAAUCGCAAACGUGGUCGAGACGCCGAAGACGACAUGCCCUCAUCCUCAGCAGCACCGCCGUCAAGCCCUCCCGCAUCGUCUCCUCCCGUGUUUCCCCAAAAUGACGAUAUCGACGAGGACGACGAACUGGAGCCCGAGGAGGAUUUGAUCCGCGACCUGGAAGAUGCUGACGAAAUGGCCGAAGACGACGCUGGCAUCGAUCUUUUCGGCGACAAUUUUGACCGGGAUUACGACAAGAGCGAUGCUGGACGCUACGAGGGCCGUGACAUUGAUGACGAGGGGGAGUACGAUGAUCUCGAUCUCGCAGCGCGAAGACAACUCGAUGCGCGACUCAAUCGAAGAGACAGAGAACUCGCGCGUGAGCGUGCAAUGCCUGCUGCCUUCUUGCCGGACGAGGACGAGGAUGUUGUUGAUCUGACUCGCCAACCUCGGCGACGGAGACACAGGUAUGACGAAGAGCAGGAUGGGAUGGACAUGCACGAGGAUAUCAUGAAUGAGGAGCUGUCGUCGCAAGCCUUAUCUGAAGUGAAGGCAGCAAGUUUGACAGAUUGGGUGGCACAGCCAGCAGUCUACAAAGGUAUUGCGCGAGAGUUCAAGUCGUUCCUCACCGAGUACACCGACGCCAAUGGCACUUCGGUUUACGGUGUGCGAAUCCGUACCCUCGGUGAAGUCAACGCUGAAUCGCUGGAGGUGUGUUGGGAGCAUCUCUCUUCGUUCAAACCUACACUAGCAUACUUCCUGGUCAAUGCGCCGACUUCGAUCUUUCCAAUUUUCGAUUCGGUGGCGAUGGAGGUCGCACUCUACCACUACCCUGAUUACGAGCGUAUCCACUCAGAGCUCCACGUUCGCAUCACCGACCUUCCAAUCGCAUACACUCUACGACAAUUGCGACAAAGUCACUUGAACAGUUUAUUACGAGUCAGCGGUACUGUUACUCGACGAACUGGCGUUUUCCCGCAGCUCAAAUAUGUCAAGUUCGAUUGUACCAAAUGUGGUGUCACAUUGGGACCUUUCCCGCAAGACAGCAACUCCGAGGUCAAGCUUUCAUAUUGUCAAAAUUGUCAAUCAAGAGGGCCAUUCACAUUGAACAGCGAAAAGACGCUUUACCGAAAUUACCAGAAGAUCACACUGCAAGAAUCCCCUGGCACGGUGCCAGCAGGACGUCUGCCUCGCCAUCGGGAGGUCAUCCUCUUGUGGGAUUUGAUUGACUCUGCAAAGCCAGGCGAAGAGGUAGAUAUAGUUGGUGUCUAUCGCAACAACUAUGAUGCACAGCUCAACAACAAAAACGGAUUCCCCGUCUUCGCGACUAUUCUCGAAGCGAACCACGUUGUCAAAUCACACGAUCAGCUUGCCGGCUUCAGACUUACAGAAGAGGACGAGCGUCAAAUUCGUGCACUAAGUCGUGAGCCGAACAUCGUUGAGAAGAUUGUGGGCUCCAUCGCGCCCUCAAUUUACGGUCACGAGGACAUCAAGACCGCCAUCGCAUUAUCAUUAUUUGGCGGUGUGUCGAAGAUGGCUCAAGGCAAACAUUCCAUUCGUGGUGACAUCAACGUGCUCCUGCUGGGUGAUCCUGGUACCGCAAAAUCACAAGUCCUCAAAUAUGUCGAGAGUACGGCACACCGAGCAGUAUUUGCUACCGGUCAAGGUGCAUCCGCUGUCGGUCUCACCGCGAGUGUGCGACGAGAUCCUCUCACGGCGGAAUGGACGUUGGAAGGUGGAGCUUUGGUGCUCGCCGACAAGGGAACAUGCCUGAUCGACGAAUUCGACAAAAUGAACGAUCAAGAUCGAACCAGUAUUCACGAAGCCAUGGAGCAACAGACGAUCUCCAUUUCCAAGGCUGGCAUCGUCACCACACUCCAAGCUCGAUGUGCAGUCAUCGCAGCCGCAAAUCCCAUCGGCGGUCGAUAUAACGCGACUGUUCCCUUCAGCCAAAACGUUGAACUCACGGAACCCAUUCUCUCACGUUUCGACAUUCUUUGCGUUGUACGCGAUACCGUUGAUCCUGCCGAAGAUGAGCGUCUAGCGCAAUUCGUCGUGAACAGUCACAGCCGCGCACAUCCCGACAACGAGGAUCCUGACGCGCAAGCUGCGAAUCGUGAUACAGAUGGCAUGGAUGUGGAUGAGGAAUCGUCGGCAGCGAUUGCCGCCAAUGCCGGCCCGAAGAGUCCCAUCUCCCAGGAGUUGCUGCGCAAAUACAUCCUUUACGCAAGGGAGAACUGUCGUCCAAAGCUGUAUCAGAUUGAUCAGGAUAAGAUUGCGAAGCUGUUUGCGGACAUGAGGCGAGAAAGUUUGGCGACUGGUGCAUACCCGAUCACUGUCCGUCACCUCGAAUCCAUCCUACGAUCAAGCGAGUCCUUUGCCAAAAUGCGUUUGGCCGAAUAUUGCAGCAACGCAGAUAUUGAUCGGGCGAUUGCCGUCGCUGUUGACAGCUUCGUGGGUAGCCAAAAGAUCAGCUGCAAGAAAGCGCUCCAGAGGGCUUUCGCCAAAUAUACUCUAUCACGGCCUGGCGCUGUGCGGAACAGAAACCGCGGAGGACGGAGCGGGCAGGUCAGCGUCGGUGCUUGA